UUACCCUUAAAGGUCUUGUAAAUAUUCAUUGGAAGCUCUGUCGACACACAUGACUCAGAGGGAAACUAAAAAGUGGGCGGAAGCAGGUUAACUGAUGAGGAACUUCAUAUGAUGAAUCGCUGCAUAGCACUUCACUGAUGAAAUAACACACAACGAUGACACCGGAAACGACAAAGAGAGGCUUUCUGAUAUUUUUUUCCAUCUAUCUGUUAGCUACGGUCAGUGCAUUUGAAGAGAAAGCCUCAUGUUAUGGAGUCGGUUCUGGCACUAUUGCAGGUGUUAUAUUCGCUGAUGUUGCGGUGACGGUCCUCAUUGUUACUACCACCUACUGGUAUGCCAGCAAGCGUAGGCAAAAGAAAGAAAACGCUGACGAAGUCUACAUGAAUGUCAGAGCAAACUGCAAAACAUGAAGAUCUUUGGAAGAAUGACAUGAUGAACCAAAAACUGACAUUUCACACCAAAACACCUGUUACGAUCAUAGAUGAUGAUUUAUAUUCUGAACAUAUUUCUAGCUUAGCCUGAGGAUCUGCACAUUUUAAACUAUGUCAGAGUUGCUUUGUAAAUAAGACGGAAUUACAAUAUUUAUAUCAUUACACUGAAAACAAUGGGCCUAAUUAAACUAUUUCUAAAUCAGA